CAAUUUUGAGGUUAGGUCUGACGCCUAUAUGAUAGCCGGACAGCCGGAUAAAACCUUUAUAAUUAUAAUCAUUUGUUAUAAUAACAAUAGAACGUGAGGACUAAACUCUUAAGUUAAGAUUCAAAUUACUUUAAUUAAACGCUUUUUUUAUUAAAAUAGUUCAAAAACACUGAUUAUUUCGGUAACAGUGGAUAUUUCGUCGUCUGCUGUAGUUCGAAGUUCAUGUUGCACAAGUUUCGAUGAAAAACGUGCUCCUCGUUAGUUACUAACACGUGAGUAGAAGUAUUUCUUUUAAUAAAAAAAAAGUUUCGAGUUUAACUAAAAUAACGCAAAUAGUGUCAGUGUUUGGUGAAUAUAAAUAAUGUCGUGGUUACUUGGAAAUCGUUAUGCACAAUCGCAAGACUUUACACAAUUUAUACAACCGCCGGCUGCAGGAGGUGGUGAUGGCGGCGGUUCGAACGAUGGACCUCCAUCGAAAAAUCCAACAAAAUCACAAAUGGAUGCCUAUAGAUUUGAUUCCAGUGCCUUGGAACGUGCAGCUGCAGCGGCCAAAGAUUUGGAAAAGUCAGCACACGCUCUGGAGGCAUUGGAACUUUCGAAAUUACAAGAAAGAACAAGACAAACGGAAUUACAAACUGAACUGAAGAAAUAUGAGGCGAGUAUUGAACAAAUGAAAGUUGAGCAAAAACGAGUGGACGCUGAGGAGAGGAGAAAAACAAUGGCUGAGGAAACUAAACAGCAUCAAAUGAGAGCACAAUAUCAAGAUCAAUUGUCAAGAAAAAGAUAUGACGAUCAACUUGUACAACAGCAAAGAAUGAACGAUGAGAAUUUGAGGCGACAGGAAGAAUCAAUUGCCAAGCAGGAAGCAAUGAGAAAAGCCACAAUUGAACACGAAAUGGAUUUAAAGCAUAAAAAUGAAAUGAAGAAACUCGACGCUAAAUUGCGAGCUCAAGCGAAAAUUGAUCGCGAGAAUCAGGAUUUGAAUUUGGAAAAAAUACGACUGCAAGCUGCCGAGAAACGAACGACUGUCCUUGAGUCCAUUAAAACUGCGGGUUCGGUUUUGGGAACGGGAGCAACGGCACUUUUAGGCGACUGGGAUAAAAUUUUGGCAGCCGCUGGUGGAUUAUCGCUAUUGGCACUUGGUGUUUAUUCAGCGAAAGGCUCAACGGGAGUGGCGUCACGCUAUAUUGAAUCACGUCUCGGUAAGCCGUCACUGGUUCGUGAGACGUCACGAUUCUCCGCCCUGGACACAGUGCGACAUCCAGUGCAAGCUGUGAAGAAAUUAUCAGAAAAAAAGAGUGACGCACUGUCGGGCGUUGUUCUUGCGCCAAAACUCGAGGAGAGACUUCGUGACGUUGCAAUUGCGACAAAGAAUACAAAACAAAAUCGUGGAAUGUAUCGAAAUAUUCUAAUGCACGGACCACCGGGAACUGGUAAAACAAUGUUCGCCAAAAAACUCGCGCAACAUUCAGGAAUGGAUUACGCAAUUUUAACAGGUGGCGAUUUAGCGCCAUUGGGUCGUGACGGUGUGACGGCAAUUCACAAGGUCUUCGAUUGGGCAUCAACGUCAAGGAAGGGUCUUCUUUUGUUCAUUGACGAGGCCGAUGCUUUUCUACGUAAACGAUCGAGUGAACAUAUUUCGGAGGAUUUGCGAGCAAUGUUGAAUGCAUUUUUAUAUCGUACCGGUGAGCAGAGUAAUAAAUUUAUGUUGGUAUUGGCGUCGAAUACGCCGGAGCAAUUCGAUUGGGCGGUGAAUGAUCGUUUGGAUGAAAUGGUGGAAUUCAUUUUGCCGGGACGUGAGGAGCGCGAGCGUUUAGUGCGCUUGUAUUUUGAUAAAUUUGUUCUCCAGCCAGCGACACAAGGCGCAAAGAGAUUGAAGGUGGCGCAAUUUGAUUAUAGCGCUCUUUGUACGAAACUUGCGGAAAUUACAGAAGGUAUGUCGGGUAGAGAAAUUGCAAAAUUAGGUGUUGCUUGGCAAGCCGCGGCUUAUGCUUCUGAGGACGGCAUUUUAACGGAUCAAAUGAUAAUUGACCGAACUAACGACGCUAUUAAGCAGCACAAACAGAAGGUCCAAUGGCAAAGUGAACAAGAGAGACAAGAAUCGAAAUCAAUUUAUGCCGAGCAUACGGAAACAAGUGAUUUAAAAUUGUCUAAGAAAGAUAUCAAAUCGAUAGAAGCACCGCCAAGAGAUAAUUUAGCCACUGUAUGAAAACCAACUGUAUAAAUUAAAAUACGGCGAAAUUUCAUUGACAAAAAAGCAGUGUAAUUUACUGACAACUCCAAAAACUAUUUUCAUUUUUUCCGUUUUUAAUGAAACUAGUCGUUAAUAGUAUCGAAAAAAUUCCAAAUUAUUAUUAAAAUAGAAAUAAUCCGGUUCGAAUAUCUUU